AUGGGUUUUGAAUAUGAUGUAAUUUUGCUAACUGGGUUGCUUGAUUUUUAUGGAAAAGUUGGGGAUUUAGGCUCUGCAAGGAAAGUGUUUGUGGAAAUGCCUGAGAGAGAUGUUAUUGCUACUAAUGCUAUGAUUUCAGCUUUCAGUAGGUAUGGUUGUGUUGAGGAGGCGAAACAGCUGUUUGAAAAUAUGUCUGAUAGGAAUUCGGCUUCUUGGAAUUCGUUAAUUACGUGCUACUGCAAAUCAAGUGAAGUUCAUAAUGCUCGAUUGAUCUUUGAUCGAAAUCCAAUCAAAGAUGUGGUCUCAUGGAAUGCAAUGAUUGAUGGAUAUUGUAAGUCGGAGCAAAUGGUCAAGGCGGAUGAAUUGUUUGGCGAGAUGGGGUUCAUGAAAAACGUUGUGACUUGGAACACGAUAAUUGCAGGAUAUGUACAAUGUGGCGAAUUUGUUAGAGCCAUAAAUUUGUUUCAACGUAUGCUAAGCGAAGAAGUAAAACCAACUGAGGUGACAAUGGUUAGCUUGCUUUCUGCUUGUGCUCAUUUAGGAGCAUUAGAUAUGGGUGAAUGGAUUCAUGGUUUUAUUAGAACAAAGAAUAUCAAGAUCGAUUUUGUCUUGGGAAACGCGCUUAUAGAUAUGUACUUCAAAUGUGGGAAUGUAGAAGCUGCUAUACAAGUCUUCCAUGGCUUGCAUGAUAGAAACAUCUUUUGCUGGAAUUCUGUCAUUAUUGGGCUAGGAAUGCAUGGGUAUGGGAAGGAAGCUGUAGAUGCUUUCAUUGCAAUGGAGAGAGAAGGGAUAAAACCAGACGGUGUGACUUUCGUAGGGCUUCUAUGUUCGUGUAGCCAUUCUGGAUUGGUUUCCGUUGGGAGAAGCUAUUUUUCAGAGAUGAAGAUCGUUUAUGGCAUUGAGCCCGGAAUUGAACAUUAUGGCUGCAUGAUCGACCUUUUAGGUCGAUCAGGAUGCCUUAAAGAAGCACUUGAACUUAUAAAGAGCAUGCCAAUGAAGCCCAAUGCAGUUGUCUGGGGUGGCCUGCUCCGAGCUUGUCACAAACAUAAGGAUGCAAAGCUAGGGGAGCAAGUGACCGAUAAUCUUCUAAGAUUGGAUCCACACGAUGGAGGAAACUACGUCUUCUUGUCCAACCUCUAUGCAUCUUUAAACCGAUGGACUGAAGUUGAUCAAUGUAGGAAGUUAAUGAUCAAGAGGGGUGUGCGCAAAACGCCUGGAUGCAGUUCAAUCGAGGUUGAAAACAUUGUAUAUGAAUUUGUAGCUGGAGAUACUUCACAUACUCAAAUUAACGUGUUCUUGGAUAAGAUUGUGAAGGAAGUACAGGCUCAUGGAUAUGAACCAGAUACAACUUCGGUGCUACAUGACGUUGAGGAUGAAGAGAAGGAGAGUGUGGUUCGAUAUCACAGUGAGAGAAUUGCUGUUGCGUUUGGACUUAUGACGAUGCAACCCGGAAGGAUAAUUCGGGUUGUGAAGAAUCUCAGGACAUGUGAUGAUUGUCAUACAUUCAUGAAGUUCAUAUCAAAUGUCUAUAAAAGAGAGAUAAUAAUGAGGGAUAGGAACAGGUUUCAUCAUUUUAGGAAUGGCUAUUGUUCUUGUAAUGACUACUGGUGA